AUGUCAAAUAAAAGAACAACUACAAAAGAUGAAUCACUUCCACAGGCUGAAAAGGAAGCAGUGAUUCCAGAUGAAAUUUUUCAAAUGACAGCAGAUGAAGUCAAUAGAAAAGCAAAACUAUUAGAAAAUGAAACAAAAGUAUUAAGAAGUGAACAUAUCUCUAAACAUUUAGAAAUGGAUUCCAUACAAAAAAGAAUUAAAGAAAAUAAUGAUAAAUUACAAGUUAAUACGCAAUUACCACAUUUAGUUGCAAAUGUUGUAGAAAUUAUUGAUAUGGUUUUAGAUGGUGAAACUCAACCUUCAAAAUGUGUUGUAGUUAAAGCUUCAACUAGACAAACAAUAUUUUUAGCCUAUCCAGGUAUUGUAGAUGUAGAUAAAUUAAGACCAGGUGAUCUUGUUGGUAUUAACAAAGAUAGCUAUAUUAUUCUUGAUACUUUACCACCAGAAUAUGAUUCACGUGUUAAAGCAAUGGAAAUUGAUGAAAAACCAACAGAGGAAUAUAGUGAUAUUGGUGGAUUAGAUAAACAAAUUCAAGAAUUAGUUGAAGCAGUAGUGUUACCAAUGACACACAAAGAGAGAUUUGAAUCAAUUGGUAUUAAACCACCAAAGGGAGUAUUGAUGUAUGGUCCACCAGGUACUGGUAAGACAUUAUUGGCACGUGCAUGUGCAGCACAAACAAAUUCUACCUACCUCAAAUUGGCAGGUCCACAAUUGGUACAAAUGUUUAUUGGUGAUGGUGCAAAACUAGUUAGAGAUGCAUUUGCAUUGGCCAAAGAGAAAGGACCAACCAUUAUCUUUAUUGAUGAACUCGAUGCUAUUGGUACCAAACGUUUCGAUAGUGAGGUUAGUGGUGAUAGAGAGGUGCAACGUACAAUGUUAGAGUUACUCAAUCAAUUGGAUGGUUUCAGUAGUGAUGCAAAUAUCAAAGUUAUCGCCGCCACCAAUCGUAUUGAUAUCUUGGAUCCUGCUCUCUUGAGAUCUGGUCGUUUGGAUAGAAAGAUUGAAUUCCCAUUACCAAAUGAAGAGGCUAGAGCUCAUAUCCUUCAAAUUCACUCUCGUAAGAUGAACGUUUCCGCUGAUGUUAAUUUCGAUGAGUUGGCACGUUCCUCUGAAGAUUUCAAUGGCGCUCAAUUAAAAGCAGUUUGUGUCGAAGCUGGUAUGAUUGCACUUCGUAGAGGUGGUACAGAAUUAAUUCAUAAUGAUUUUGUUGAAGGUUGUGUUGAAGUUAUGGCAAAGAAAAAGAAAACUUUAGAAUACUAUGCUUAA